GCUUUACUUCUUCCGCAAACAGGUGAUUAAUAACAGCGCCUUGUAUAUCUCAACGAUAGCAGGGCCUGUCCAGCACGUCCGUCUAUCGCCUCUGGUGGGUUAGUUUUAGUUUUUCACAAAGAGAAGUGCCGGUCUCUUACGAGAGCAUCUGUCAUCCUACCCUACAACACCUGCGGUGAAGCGCAGAACGAAAGCGACUGAACAAAGCGCGGCUCUAGGCGUUUAAUAACAAUAAUAAUAACAAUACGGGUUAUUUAUACAAUAAGUUCGUUUUAUAGACCGGAUAUAUUUUGCAUGUACGCUUUUACAUUUUCUCUAUUGAUACGAUGUUAGAUUCAUAACGCUCGACUUCAAAAGACACAAUGAAGUUUAACGGGUAUCUGAAGUUGCGCAUCGGCGAAGCGGUGGACCUAAAACCAACGACCACCUCAAUGCGCCAUGCCGUGAUGUUCAACAAGGCGAACCAGACUCUGGACCCGUACAUCUUGGUGAAAGUGGACGAGUAUAAGAUCGGACAGACGCACACCAAGCUGAAAACCAACAUGCCCACUUAUAACGAGGAGUUCUGCGUUAACGUGAACGACGGAAAUCACUUAGAGUUGGCCGUCUUUCAUGACGCACCGAUCGGGUAUGAUGACUUCGUGGCCAAUUGCACCAUCCAGUUUGAUGAUCUGAUGAAGAACACAAACACAGAGGAGUCUUUUGAAGGAUGGGUUGACCUUGAACCUGAGGGCAAAGUUUAUAUCCUGGUGACUCUCACAGGCACAUUUACAAGUGAUGAUGCUGAAGUGAAGACGCGCCCCUUCAAGGAAUUUAAUCGAAAGCGACAACAAGCAGUUCGACGUAAAAUUCAUCAAGUUAAUGGACACAAGUUCAUGUCAACUUUCCUAAAGCAGCCAACAUUCUGUUUCCACUGCAAAGAGUUUAUAUGGGGUGUGUUUGGCAAGCAGGGCUACCAAUGUCAAGUUUGCACCUGUGUAGUACACAAGCGAUGUCAUCAGUUUGUGGUUACUGUCUGUCCGCGCAUGAAGAAACCUGCCAAAGAGCAGACUACAAAUCAGGGGUUCAGUAUAAAUGUUCCACAUAAAUUCAACAUUCACAACUUUAAAGUUCCUACUUUCUGUGAUCACUGUGGCUCUUUGCUGUGGGGCCUCGUACGACAAGGACUACACUGCAAAAUUUGUAAGAUGAAUGUCCAUAUCCGGUGUAAGGGAAACGUUGCACCGAACUGUGGAGUCAACAAUGUGGAACUGGCCAAUAAAUUGGCAGAGAUGGGCCUUCAGCCAGGAGGAAUGACCAAACGCAACUCACUGGGUAUUUCAGGUAUGGACACUCGGGUGUUGAGUAUGAAAGGAGAUCGAAGGGCAUCAAGGAAAGAACAGAGUCGAAAGCUGGGAGUCUCAGACUUCUCACUUCUGCAGGUGCUGGGGAAAGGAAGCUUCGGCAAGGUAAUGUUAGUCCGGUUGAAUGGUUCUGAUCGGGUGUUUGCUGUAAAAGUCCUGAAAAAAGACAUCAUUCUCCAAGACGAUGAUGUGGAGUGCACCAUGACAGAAAAACGAGUGUUAUCCCUCGCUUCCUCUCAUCCGUACCUCACUCAGCUCUACUGCUGUUUCCAGACACCGGAGCGUCUGUUUUUUGUGAUGGAGUUUGUCAAUGGAGGGGAUUUGAUGUUUCAUAUCCAGAAAUCCAGAAAGUUUGAUGAGAACAGAGCGAGGUUUUACACAGCGGAAAUCACAUCUGCUCUCACAUUCCUCCACAGCAAGGGGAUUAUAUAUAGGGAUCUGAAGCUGGAUAAUGUUCUUCUGGACAAGGAAGGUCAUUGCAAACUUGCUGACUUUGGCAUGUGUAAGGAGGAUAUGUUUGAGGGUCUUGUCACAGGAACGUUUUGUGGAACCCCAGAUUACAUUGCUCCAGAGAUUCUCCAGGAGAUGCUUUAUGGGCCAUCAGUUGAUUGGUGGGCUCUUGGUGUGCUUCUGUAUGAGAUGCUAUCUGGCCACGCCCCCUUUGAGGCAGAGAAUGAAGAUGACCUCUUUGAGGCCAUACUGAACGAAGAGAUAAUCUAUGCUUCCUGGCUCAGCGCCAGCGCCGUGGACAUACUUAAAGGGUUUUUGAUAAAAAAUCCAUCUCGCCGUCUGGGUUGUGUGGCCGUGGAGGGCGGAGAGACCGCCGUAACCAGUCACCCAUUUUUUGCCGGUAUUGACUGGGACAAACUUAACCGUCGUGAGCUUGAACCACCUUUCAAGCCCAGAAUUAAAACUUCAGAAGAUGUGAAUAACUUUGAUCCAGACUUUACCCAGGAGGAUCCCACUCUCACACCCAUUGAUGAAUCCCUCAUUCCCUCCACAAGUCAGGAUGAGUUCCAGAACUUCUCUUUCACCUCUUCUGAAAUCUUAAAAAUGGUUUCUGAGAUGCCGGGUAGAGGUGAAGAAGUGUGUGACAUCAUGACGAAAGAACUGAGUGCAGGAGAAUUUUGUGAUGUCAUUGAACCAAACAAAUGGUCAUGUCACAUUGACGGUCAUGUCUAAAAGAACUCAGGAAAUGUUAGUUUGCUUCGCUUUUUGCUUUGCUCCCACGCUAAUUUACUACUGCUUUAACAUGAUUUUGUGCCAUUUGUAUCAUAAGUGAUGCUGGGAAAUCUCCAUGAAAGAUUUUACAGACACUUUACCUGCAAGACACCUCUUUAAGUGAAAAUUUUCCAAAAACUUGUGUCAACAUUCACUCGCCCUCUUGUCAUUUCAAACCGUUAUGAAAUUUUUCUUCCUCAGAAAACAAAAGAAGAUAUUUUGAAGUAUGUUUUUAACCGGCACCUAUUUACUUGCAUUGGUUUUGUGGCCAUACAAUAUAAAUGAAUGGUUGCUGGCGCUGUUUGGUUAUCAACUUUAUUCAAAAUAUCUUCUUUUGUGUUUGAAGGAAGAAAGAAAAUCAUACAGGUUUUAAAUGACAAAAGGGUUACUAAAUGAUGACAGAAUUUUCAUUUUUGGUAGAACUAUGCCUUCAAAGUCACAUUUCUCCACUUAAGCAGAAGUUCAUGUCACAGCAACAUGUGAGAGUUGAUGUUGUAAGUUUGCUUCAGUAUUAAUUUCAAUAUGUUGUGAUUACUUCAUUUGAUCACUCGUUCUUCUGUGAGCACUCUUUUGGUGCAAAUGGAAAUUUGAUUUGAAAGUAUUUUAAAUGAAAGCUCUAGUUUUGUAAAAUAUCAAUAAUUUUUUUGUUCUUAUGUGCAAUUUGUUUUGUUUGUGUAUUUGAGACAUUUCUGGUCAAAGUUCAUCAUAAUGUAGCAGAAAAUGUCUGUUGAUGUUUUUAGUGUUGUUUGUAGAUAAAGGUUACAGUAUUGAAUUUUCUGCAUUAAGAACUUCCGUGGUCUUGACUCCA